AUGGCCGCGAAGAACAACACCAAGGCCACGUCCGCCAAAGCCGGAUCAGCACAAACUGGGUCACGGCCCAAGACCAGGCUUACUAAAGCCGGGUCAGGACCGGCUAUAGACUUCCAGCGGGAAGAGAAUACUAAGAAGGUCACCCAACAUAAAAAACCGAGAGACCAGUCUUUGGCGACAGGCCCUGUCGCCAAGGUGAAGAAGACUGCCCCUAAGCGCCAGGUUCCGAAGCUUGAGGUCUCCAAGAAGAAGAAGGCAGACAACAAUGAAACGUUACGAACUAGCGAAUUAAAGGAAUCAUUGAUCCCAUCAUCCCCUGUGUCGAGCAAGUCGAAAAGCGGUCCGUUUAAAACGGCCAAACGGAAGUCCAUUGGUUUGACGGCGAAACCGAGUAGUCCACCAAAGACAGCGGUACCGCGGUCAAAGCCACUAAACAAGUCGCAAAAAAAGUUCCAAAUGAAGCUAGACCGAGCCCAAAAUGCAGCGUCUGGCGGCAAGAGCAAGAAGUAG